GGUGAUGAAGGCGACCACUCAGUCGGACACGCCAACACCUUCGGUCGAAGCAAAGCAGCAUCCGUCCAUAAUAAAAGCGGAAGCUUUGCCCUCACGGAUACACCUUCUCAUUUGAUCCAAAUUCCAAGCAAGCAAAAAGGCGGAGCGGAGCAGAGCAAGACCAAAGCGGCCAGUUUCUCUUGCAAGCCUCGCCGCCGGCUGAUCAGCUCCGGAGCCGAGCGGGGGUUCUCUCAGAUGGGCAGCGGGAGGCCGGCGGCGUGGCGGACGUGCGCGGCGGCGGCGGUGGCUGCGUGCGCCCUGCCGGUGGCCUUGUCGCUGGUGCUCCUCUGGCUGCCCCUGCUUUGCUGCGCCGUGGCCGUGGUCCGGUUCCGGCGGGCGAGGAGGAGGAUGAUGCACAUGUGCGGCAGCAGCACAAGAGGCGGCGGGCGGUUUGGGGCGAUUGACGCCGUCGAUCGGCUGGGGCUGCUGCAGAAGUACCUCGAGGACCAGUUGGAGCUCGUCGGCGCCGAGGCAGGGGAGCUCUUCGGCGAUCUCAGACAAGACAAGUGCAGCGGAUGACGCUCGCGUUGUCCUUGUUAUUUUGGAGGUCUGUAGGGUGUUAAUGUGAUACUCGUGUUUGGAAGAGGCCGAGACGAUUUUGGUCGUGUUUUGUGCUUGGCGAAAUGAAACAUCGAGAAAUUAGAGACUAGUAGUAUUUCUUGUCACCGUGAUUAACAAGAUGGGAAAGAGGUCGACUACUUAA